AUGGACGAAUUUCAAAAGCAAAAAAAUCGGUGCUUAUCAUCGACAGACAACAGUAUCAAAGGUAGUAUCGAUGCAAAGAUUUUAUCUUUAGUCCAGCUAAUCAAUGAAAACAAGGAUUACUUUACAACUAGCUCCUGCUCUGGCAGAAUAAUGAUAUUCCGAAAGGUUAAUCAGCUGAAAAGCAAGAACUGCGAAAGUUUAUUCGUCACGCAUGACAGCAUUACUGAGGAUGAUGUGAAUUUCUUACUCAAUGGUCAGAUUGAAGAUAGUGUAAUCUUUAAAUUUGAGCCGUUUGUCCUUCAUGUUCAAUGCAGAACUAUGAAUCACGCUCGUUUACUGCUAAAGGUAGCCUUGACCUCAGGAUUUCGAAAUUCUGGCAUCGUUUUGGGUAAAAAAGAACGCUUAAUAGUGGCUGUUCGUAGCACUCAAACCCUAGAAGUACCAUUGACAAAUCAAGGCGCUAUGCUAAUAUCACAAGAUAAACGAAAUGUAAGAAAUCAAAAUCAAGUACUCGACGAAGCCAAAAGGAUUCACUGCAAUCGGUCUGCUACUGCACUUGUCUAUAUCCCAUGUAUUAUACUGUUUUAG